ACGAUCGAGCACGAACUCGCCCUCAAGCACAAAUACGAUCUCGAGAAAGUGGAGGCAGCAACGAGGGCACAGGCGAAGGCAGCCAGAGAAAACAAAGAUGUUAAUUUGGAGCAGAUGAGGGCGAGUGAGGAGGAGAGACGCAAGACGGUCAUAGAAAAAAUUAAGACAAGCGGCGCGGUGAUUGGGGCAGGAUUAGAGCAGUUUGUGACCGAUCGAACGAAAAUAAUAUCGGCAGUAUGUUUGAUAAUAAAUAAAUACUAG